AUGUCCCGAGCCGCAGCAGACCAGCUCGCCCUCGCGCGCGAAGCCUGCCGCCCCAACCUCGUCAAGAAGCUCAUGCUCGAGAACAAGCUCGCCCACUCCUUUGGCCUCCGCGUCGCCUUCUCCACCGAGAUGCCCCUCGUCGCCAAGCGCGCCGGCUACUCGGCCGUGCUCAUGAACCUCGAGCACAUGGCCAUGAGCAUGGAGACCAUGAAGGACAUUGCCGUCUCGUGUCUGAAUGUCGGCAUCACCCCUACCGUGGUCGUACCGACGUGCGCACCCGAAUGGAUUUCCCGCUGUCUCGACUCCGGAGCGCAAGCCAUUAUCGUGCCUCACGUGAACAACGUUGAGCAAGCAAAGAUGUGCGUCAACGCAUCAAAGUUUCCACCUCUGGGCCACCGCUCCGUGACCAUGGUCACGGCAAUGACCCAGUAUACAACGACACUAUCUUACGCAGCCAUCGCCGAGGUGGUCAACGACGAGGUUCUCAUAAUGCCCAUGAUUGAGACCAAAGAAGGAGUCGAGAACGUAGAAGCCAUCGCGGCCGUGCCAGGCAUCGAUGCCUUACUCGGUAUUCCUGGACAGUACGAUUCAGAGCUCUUCCACUCUACCGUGGCCAAGAUUUCAGAUGCAGCAGAGAAGGCGAGCGUGAACGGACGCAAGGUGUUCGUGGGACUCGGUGGGCUAGAACCUAGACCCGACCUCCUGGAGACGUUGGCGAAACGUCAUGCCCCCAUUCGAUUUGCAAUGGCAGGCCGAGAUCUGGCGCUCCUACUCAUGGGCAUGUCAAAGCAAGCGGCGGCGAUGAACGAUAUCUCGAGCAAACUACAAUAG